CGAACCCAGAGAGCCGUCCCCAGUCGACCAUUACGCUCUAAUUCGCAACGACAAUUCGUAACGGAAGCUAUAAAUGCGUCCCAUACCGCCCUGCAAUCGGUACACGACCUCAGCGGACUCCCUUGGGCCUUGUCCCUUCCUCUAUUCGCACUCGUACUACGAACUACGUUCAUACUUCCUUUAUCUAUCUACCAACGCCGCGCUGCACAACGACAAGUUCAGCUCGAGCCAUUGAUUCAAGCAUGGCGCUUCACACUCCAGAAACAGGCUAUGAAGCAAUACGGACAUCUAGGACCACAGGUUGCGGAACAAGCUCUCAUUUCCAGCUUAAGGAAGAAGAGACGGGAGAUAUACAGAAGAUACAGGUGUGGGAUAUGGAAGGGUUUCUUGGGCUUGGCGCAAUUGCCCGUCUUUUUGACUAUCAUGGAAGCUCUAAGGAAUAUGAGUGGUUCGAGUCAAGGCUGGAUUGGCAUGAUGUUUGGAGAUGGAUUGGUUGCAGAGGCUAUACGGAUACCUGUCGAGUCCAGCUUUGCCAAUGAAGGAAUGCUGUGGUUUCCGGAUCUCUUGGUAGCGGAUCCUCAACUUGUCCUACCGUUCAUUCUAUCUGGAACUAUACUGCUGAACGUUUUCGGUGGCGGUAUCAAGGGGCAAGACUUGGCGCUGCCAAAAUGGCAAGUAAGGUUGAAGAGGAACAUGGGUUUGGUAGCUCUUUGUAUUGGGCCAAUAAUGAUUCAUGUUCCAAGCGCUUUGGUAUUAUAUUGGCUCAGUAGCAGUGGCUUUGCUUUCUUGCAGGCUUCGAUAUUGGAGAGGGUGAUGCCGAUCAAGUCUGCCCCGAAGCCUUGC